UUUGCUAUAAAUACGUGACGCGCGCCUGUAGCUUUCUCUCUGAUCCCACGGUUGGCCUCCAAGAUGGCGCCGCAGAAAGACAAGAAGCCUAAGAAGUCAACCUGGAAAUUUAAUUUGGACCUUACUCACCCAGUAGAAGAUGGAAUUUUUGAUUCUGGAAAUUUUGAACAGUUUCUACGGGAGAAGGUUAAAGUCAAUGGAAAAACUGGAAAUCUGGGGAAUGUUGUUCACAUUGAACGCAUCAAGAAUAAAAUCACAGUUGUUUCUGAGAAACAGUUCUCUAAAAGGUAUUUGAAAUAUCUUACCAAGAAAUACCUUAAGAAGAACAAUCUUCGUGAUUGGCUUCGUGUGGUUGCAUCUGACAAGGAGACUUACGAACUUCGUUACUUCCAGAUUAGUCAAGAUGAAGAUGGAUCUGAAUCUGAAGACUAGAUAAGGCAGCCUCUUACAGGGUUUUGCUCGCUAAUAAAACAAAUGAAGCAUGCAAAGGAAAGAAACAUCUAGAAAUGGACUUUUAGUUUAUUGGUGAAUAAAAAACACUGUACCCUGUGUGUU